AUGUCCGACUCCUCUGACCGCAAACCCGUCGCCGACCAAGCCGAGGACGACGCCUACUUUCCCUCCCCCUACUCCCUGACCCAAUACGUCGGUCCCAAAACCGACUUCGACCCCAGCACCAAAUACACCAACGCCUACACGGGCAAGAAAUGGAAGAUCCUCGUCAUAGGCACACAAGAACGCUAUCUCCAAAUGAAGGAUGGAAAGUUCUUUUCUACCGGCAAUCAUCCCGUAGAGAUGUUGGUUCCUAUGCUGCAUUUACACCGUGCUGGCUUUGAACUCGAUGUCGCUACGUUGUCAGGGGAACCAGUGAAGUUGGAGAUGUGGGCAUUCCCCAAGGAGGAUGAGAGUGUCAAAAGCUUCUAUGAGGAGUAUAAGCAGAAGCUUAGGAACCCUUUGACGCUUUCUGAGGUCUGGGGAAGCGGGUUCAAUGACAGCACACCUUACAAGGCUGUCUUUGUGCCUGGCGGCCAUGGAGCUCUGAAUGGGCUUCCUCAGUCCAAGGUCGUUGGUGAUAUCCUUAGAUGGGCGGACAAGAACAAGAGGUAUCUUAUCACGCUGUGUCAUGGACCUGCCUGCAUGCUGGCCGCCAACAUCGGGAAGCCCGAGGGAGAGAAGUUCAUCUAUGACGGAUACAAGAUUGAUGUUUUCCCCGACUCACUGGACAAUGGCGCAAACAUUGACAUCGGAUACAUCCCAGGCAAGAUGAAGUGGUUGGUUGGUGAAGAGCUGCAGAGACUCGGUGUGCAGAUUUUGAACGAGAAGAUCACUGGAGAAACUCACCAGGAUAGAUAUGUCUUGACUGGAGAUUCUCCUCUGGCAUCCAACAACCUCGGAAAACUGGCUGCCGAUACCUUGCUCAAGGAGAUUGAGAGUGAAGCUUAG